GCUGAGCACGGCCUUCUCUCAGCCUCUUCCGUGGUGGAAGCAGCACGAUGGUGCUCCCUCUGCUGCUCCUGGUCCUCCCUGGGGCAGCCUGCGUGUUCUCCCUGGGGGUCGGGCUGUGGGUCGUCUGCAGCCAGCUCCUCACUGCCGACAUCCCUGCGGCGGUCGGCCACCCGCUGAAGCUGUGGGUCCUGCACUGCCUCCUCGAGCUGUUGAUGACAUGGGGGAGGAUUUUUGAGAAGCUGAGAAUCUGUUCUAUGCCGGAAUUUGUCCGUUUCGUGCAUGAUCUGCAGCCGCUAAAGAAGGACCCGGAUGUCAGGGUCACCGACCUCCGCUACGGGACCAUCCCUGUGAGGCUGUACCAGCCCAAGGCAUCCUCCUGCACCCUCAGGCGCGGCAUCGUGUUCUACCACGGCGGCGGCGGCAUCCUGGGGAGCUUGAACACUCACCAUAGCAUAUGCUGUCAUUUGUCCAAGGAGAGUGACGCCGUGCUUCUGGCAGUUGGAUACCGCAAGUUGCCCCAGCAUAAGUCUCCAGUGCCGGUAAGAGACUGCCUUGCAGCCACCAUCCGCUUCCUGAAGUCUCUGAAGACGUACGGGGUGGACCCAGCCCGGGUGGUGGUCUGUGGCGAGAGUGCAGGGGGGGCAGCAGCAGCAAUCAUUUGUCAGAAUCUUGUGGACAGUCCCGAUCUCCCCAAGAUCCGUGCACAGAUCCUGAUCUACCCCCCUGUCCAGUGCCUGGAUUUCCAAUCCCCCUCCUACCAGCAGAACAAGAAUAUCCCGCUGCUCAGUCUGAGUUUCCUCUUCUACUGUUUGUGUAGUUACCUGGACAUCAGCCCCUCCUGGAAAAGCACUGUCUUGAAAGGGGCCCACUUGCCUGCCGAGGUCUGGGAAAAGUACAGAAAGUGGAUAGGGGUAGAGAACAUACCUGAGAGGUUUAAGAAGAGAGGCUAUCGGUGGAUGCCCCGUGAGCCCCUGAAUGAAGAUGCCUAUCAGGAGGCCAAGUUCAUGCUGGAUUUAGCAAACUCGCCGCUGCUUGCAGAAGAUGAAGUGGUGUCUCGACUCCCCGAAGCUUGCAUCGUGAGUUGUGAGUAUGACCUUCUCCGGGACCAUUCGCUGUUGUACAAGAAGAGGCUGGAAGACCUGAGAGUCCCAGUGACUUGGCACCACAUGGAGGAUGGUUUUCAUGGAGUGUUUACCACCUUUGAUAUGGGCUUCUUGUCUUUUCCCUGCUCCUCGAGGAUUAUGAACGCUGUGGUCCAUUUUCUAAAGGGGUUGUGACCAUCUUUCCUUCUGGCUGCAGUUACAGGAGUGUGGGUUCUGCCAUCAUCUGGUUCCCCACGGGGCUUUAUGUUGCUGACGUAGUGAGCUGAGUGGGGGUCGGGAGAGUGUCGAGUUUGCUAUCUCCUUCUUGCUCUAGAUUCUAGAAUCGCAGAAUGCAUGUUUCUGAUGUCUAAUGGGAGACAGAUUUGGGGGGAAGGGAGUGGCUCUCUGUCCAUGUCCACCGUUAGGAAAAUCUGAGCUGACAAGCUGCAGUGGCCAUUUGCAACAGUGAAUGAGCAUGUAAGGGCUGCCCACGGCCUCCCGAGGGACAGUUCAGACUGCCCUUGCGAGUCCAGGCUGUGGUAUACGGGAGUGCCCGCUUGACUGGCCUUGGAAGAGCCCAGGGCCGGCGUGUGCAAUCUCAUGGGCCUUUUCCAGUCUGGCUAGAGGGAAGUACUCUGAGGUUCUAGACUGCGGGGUGGAGGUGAAGAAACUGGCUUCCCCGCUCUGGGUACAAGGUGACACUUUCCCUGCUGUUCCUCAGCCUCUGAGCUCAGUCUUGAUAGCCAGGCUGGAAGAGUUAGGACAGAAUCAAUAGCUUUUUCAUGGUGGUUGGCAUGCUGAGCAGACCAGAGCCGCCUGACUCAGGGAGCUGUGGAGCUCUUCGGGUCAAAUUUAGGCUUCCAACCGAGGGCCUGGAAGCAAAUUUAGAAGCGUCAGAAGAGAAGAGUUGGGAGGAAAGCUGAGUUCCAAGUCAGAGACCCAUGAAGACUGAGUCUGACAAACUCAACUGUGUCCACAGUGGGAAAGGAAGAGAGGGCCAAAGAGACUGAAGAUGUGUUAGUGAGAGCUAUUUAUGUUUUAAGACACAGAAUCAACUCAAAUUGACCUAAAUCAAAAAGAGAAUGUAUUGGCCACUGUAGCUACAAAUUCCCAGCAUAAAGCAGACAGAGUUUGAUCCAGGACCUCAGCGUGACCAGCUGCCUUGCCAUCUUUCCUCGCUCUGUGCUCCUCUGUGUGCACCUCACUUUCACCUCUGCAGAUGAUGGCCUGAGCAGCUCCAUGCUUACGUUCUCUCAGAGUUAAGCCCAUUAUUAUGGACUUGUUCCCUUCUCAGCAUUUCCAGCAGAAAUUGCAUUGUAACUUGAUGGUUCUAUGGACUUUCUGAGUCGUGUGUCCAGUUGCCAUAACCAAGGGAAUAGAAUGUCCUGACUGACCAGGCCAAGUCCCAUGCCACCCUUGGAGUGGAGGGUGCUUGCCCAGAAUGUGGGGGAGGGAGUACUUCCCUCACAUCAGUGCUUACGCUGCUGCAGGAGACACCACCAAUGCUUACUCCACUGCGUGGCCAUCGCACGUCCUCCAGCACAGAAGCCAGGUUGAAUCCUGAGUCACGGUACUUGGAAGUGGCAAGAGAUGUCAAGGACUGCUGGGCAAGUUGACCACCUGCCCCUUAGGAAUAAAAAUUCCUUUGAAAGGAAUGGCCCAGCCUUCCAUGCUGGUCCCACCUGGUCUUCAGGAGGGUCUGCUCCUGGACGGCCAGCAGCUUUUAUAGGCCAAGACGCAAGUCCACUGCACAAAGGGCCCACGUGCCCUUAACUGGCUUUCAGUUGAAUGCUCGCGCGGAAACGUAGGACAGAGAGGAAUCCUGGAGGGUGGCUUCUUGAUCCGUUCACAGUAGACCGCCAGGUGGCUCUGUUGGAGAAAUAGAAACAGCUCAGUGAAAGCGCAGAGUUUGGUGGCCACUCAGCCCUUGGGGAGGAUUGGAGGCUGAGGAGCACGGUCCCUUCUGAGAUAGGCCUCUGAGUUGAGUCUGGGGAGGCUCCCUUCCUGGAGCGUGGCUUUGGUGUUUCAUCCCUGACUCUGGAGAUGGGUGGAGGGAUGUGAGCUGACCUUCUGGAAAGCUGAGUGAUCAGCUCUUCUACUGUAGGGUGGCAAGGUGGGUAAUUCACUGGAGGACCGUGCCCAGUGGAGAUGAGCGGGUGACACGUUAGGGGCAGGAAACACCUCUGGAUG